UCUAACUCAUUUUCUUUGUAACUUUCAGGGAUCUCUCUAAUAACAAAGUGGAGAAACUGCCAGAAGGAAUCUUUAGCAAGCUAACGAAGCUCACAAAACUGCUUUUAUCCAGCAAUCAAAUCGAAGACUUACCGCCAAUGAUAUUUGCUAACCUAACCAAACUUAGGACAUUAAAAAUGGAGAAGAAUAAGUUAAAGAAACUUCACCCGGUUCAAUUUUGGGGAUUGGCGAAGCUGCAUGACCUUUACCUCUCAGACAACAAGUUCGAAAAUUUGCCAGAAGGAAUUUUUAAAGGCCUAGAAGAGCUUUUGAUUAUAGAAAUCUUUAACAACGAACUGAAACAAGUUACCAUCGACACCUUUAAAGAAAAUCAACGGUUGAGAACGAUGUACAUGCAUUACAACAAGUUUAGAGAGCUUCCUUAUGGAUUUUUUGAAGUGCAGAAGGAUAUACUGCGAGUGAGUUUGGACACAAAUCUGAUGUGUUGUCAUAUGCACAAGGAGGACGGUGACUGUUCUUUCAUUCACAACGACGACUUCGCUAACUGUGAGAGCAUGUUUAAGAGCUCAACCCCAAGGAAGAGCAUCUGGGUAGUCGGCUGCCUUUCCCUGGUUGGGUCUGUGUUUGUCAUCACAUGGCGUUCCAUUUUUAAAGAUACAAACACGGUACAGUCAAUCAUGUUAUUGCAUUUGGCAGUCUCCGAUGGUUUGAUGGGAGCAUACUUAAUCACACUUGGUGUUAAAGAUCUGUUGUGGAGAGGAGAGUAUUACUUACAUAACUUCAAGUGGCGGUCUGGCUUGGGUUGCCAGAUAACUGGCGCUACCUCUUUACUAUCCAGUGAAGUCUCUCUGAUGCUGAUGGCUUUGAUAUCUGCAGACCGACUCAAGAACAUUGUGUUCCCCUUCAGAGGUGGUGCACUUUCUCGUAACAUGACACACAUUUUUUGCGCCAUUAUAUGGCUCGUCGGCUUUCUUCUGGCAUUCUUUCCAAUGUUUGGCCUGAAAUACUUCCAAGAUUUGGAAGCUUAUCACAUCUACUACGGAAAAAGUGUUGUUUGCCUUCCCUUGCAGCUCUCUCCUGAAAAAACGGAAGGCUGGGAGUACUCUGUUUCUGUUUUUGUUGGCCUCAAUUUAUUCCUCUUCAUGUUCAUUACAAUUGCAUACCUCGCUAUUUUCAUAAGCAGAGUGAGGGUCAAAAACCAAUCAGCCAACACCGAGAGAGAGUCAGGCCUAGCCAAAAGAGUGUUCUUUAUCAUCUUCACUGAUUGUCUCUGCUGGAUGCCAAUCAUCGUGAUUGGUAUGAGGUCGGUUUUGGAGAAGAAUUACAAACCGCCAGGAGAUCUGGCCGUGUGGAUUGCUGUGUUUGCACUACCUGUCAAUUCAGCAAUAAACCCGAUUCUGUACACGUUAGCAACACCGAAGGCGCAAGAUUAUUUGGGAGUCAAAGUAGCAAAACUGAGAAGCUUCUUACGCAGCGCAUUUCACUGCAAUGGAGAACAUGAGGAAGAUCAACAGAAUCCACAAGGAAUCGAGGAUAACGAGCAACUUUCCAAUGGAGAAGAUAAAAAAACAGUGGAAGCGAUAGAAAUGAAGCCUCUUGGAUUAACGCAUCUCGAGCAAAGUGCUUAACCUUACGUUUGUAUAAUAAUUGUCCUAAGCGAAGAGGCAGGGUGGAAAAGGAAGCAGCGUGGCGGAGUGGUCAGCGUGUCAGACUCGCAAUCCACCGAUCCCGGGUUUGAGUCCCGCUCUGACCACUACCUGAAUUUGUUU